CUGCAUUCUGAUUGGACAGCCGUCCAGGCGCCCGCUCGGUUAGAUUGAUCCAUGCUAGCAGGUUUCCUUUGUUUUGAAUAGCCGUUUGGCGGUUGUUUUCUGGCCUAAAUCUUUGUUUUUGGAGAAAGUUGUCGUUGCAGCAUUUUGGAGUAUGAGUGGGGGAGUGUAUGGAGGAGAUGAGGUGGGAGCUUUGGUUUUUGACAUCGGCUCUUAUUCAGUAAGAGCUGGCUAUGCAGGAGAAGAUUGUCCUAAGGCUGACUUCCCCACAGUGAUAGGUGUGACUCUUGACCGGGACGAUGGCAGCACGCCCAUGGAGACGGACGGUGACAAGAGCAAGCAAAGUGGCACCACCUACUACAUCGAUACAAAUCAGCUGAGGGUACCCAGAGAGAGCAUGGAGGUUAUGUCUCCGCUCAAAAACGGAAUGAUUGAGGACUGGGACAGCUUCCAGGCAAUUCUAGAUCACACGUACAAAAUGCACUUCAAGUCUGAACCCAGCCUACAUCCUGUCCUCAUGUCAGAAGCAUCAUGGAACACUCGAGCAAAACGGGAAAAGCUAACGGAGCUGAUGUUUGAGCAUUACAACAUUCCUGCUUUCUUCCUGUGUAAAUCAGCUGUCCUGUCUGCGUUUGCUAACGGGCGGUCUACAGGUCUAGUCCUGGACAGCGGUGCCACUCACACCACUGCGAUUCCAGUGCAUGACGGAUAUGUCUUGCAGCAAGGUAUCGUCAAAUCUCCUCUGGCCGGAGACUUCAUGAGUAUGCAGUGUAGAGAGCUAUUCCAAGAGCUAAAUGUUGAAAUAAUCCCACCAUACAUGAUUGCGUCAAAGGAUCCAGUACGAGAAGGAUCCCCAGCCAGCUGGAAGAAAAAAGAGAAACUACCUCAAGUCACCCGGUCCUGGCACAACUACAUGUGUAAUUGUGUAAUUCAAGACUUCCAAGCAUCUGUGCUGCAGGUGUCAGAUUCCCCGUAUGAUGAACAAGUUGCUGCCCAGAUGCCCACCAUGCAUUAUGAGCUGCCCAACGGCUACAACUGUGACUUCGGGGCCGAAAGGCUAAAGAUUCCAGAGGGGCUGUUUGAUCCGUCAAAUGCCAAGGGCCUGUCAGGAAAUACCAUGUUGGGAGUUGGUCACGUGGUGACGACCAGCGUAGGAAUGUGUGACAUUGAUAUACGACCUGGUCUGUAUGGCAGUGUAGUGGUGUCGGGAGGAAACACGCUCAUCCAAGGCUUCACUGAUCGCCUGAACAGGGAGCUCUCUCAGAAAACUCCACCGAGUAUGAGACUGAAGCUGAUCGCCAACAGCACCACGGUGGAGCGUCGGUUCAGUGCCUGGAUAGGCGGCUCCAUCCUGGCAUCCCUUGGAACCUUCCAACAGAUGUGGAUCUCCAAGCAGGAGUAUGAAGAGGGAGGAAAGCAAUGUGUGGACAGGAAGUGUCCUUGAUUCGUUACCAAGAUCCCCACUACUCCCUCACAGUCUUUGGCACAAUGUCGAUAUUAUGAAACAUUUGCCUCCAGCCAGGACUCAGGAACAACCUGCUAUCUAUCGUUCUGUUUUUAUUCUCCACAGUAUGAUUCGAUUCAAAGCCCUGCCUGGGAAGAAAAGAUGUCCGAACUUUUGUUUAAACGUGUAACAGUCAGUUGCCUUAUUGUCGAUCUGCUUUUAGAGACCUCGCAUUGAUUACAUCUUGUGGUGUCAAACACAAACCAUUAUAGAAAACAUCUGUGAUAAAGAA